AUGCGCCGCACAGAUGUCAUCGCCAACUCGCGGAGACGACGGCAGGAGGCCCAAGCCGCCACCGUGGCGGAGGAUGCGGAGGACUUGGAGCCGGAGCAGCAGCCCAUUGACACGGCGAGGAAAGUAGAGGCCCUUAGCUCAGCCCUCGGCGUCCGAAAGAGCCACGUCGCCUCCCUAUUCCGCCAGCAGCCCGCGCUCGCCGCCGCCCCCGCCGACCAGCUCGCCGCGCGCGUGCGCCGCGCCGCCGAGUGCCUGUGCGUGCCGCCCGUCCAGGCGCUCGUCAUGGCGGCCCGCAGCCCCGCGGCCGCGGCCGCAGACCCUCUGGUGCUCCGCCGCAAGGCUGAGCGGCUCGCAGCGGCGCUGGGGCUGCCCGCAGAGCAGGGCAUGUUCUUGGCGGCCCGCCAGCCCGCGCUGCUCGAGUACGCCCCCGAGUCCGUCGCCGGCGACUGCGCGCGCCUCGCCGCGUCGCUCGGCGCGUCGCCGCCCGGCGUGCUGCAGCUGCUCUCGCGCGUCGGCGCGCGCGAGCUGCGCGCGCUGCUCGGCGCAAGCGGCGGCAUGCUGCGGGAGCAGCUGAUCGACGUGCUCGAGUCCCUGGGCCUUCCCGCCAGCAGCACGCGCGACCUCGACACGCUCCGCAUGGUUGCGAAGAACCCCGGCCUGCUGUGCGCGCCGCCGGCGCGCGUGGCCGAGAGCUGCGAGGCGCUCGUCUCCGUAUUCCAGGCCGCGCCGGCCGCGUUUGUGCACGUGCUCAACCGCUGCCCCAGCCUGCUGACCUGCGACGCGGGGGAGAUCCUGGCAAACUACAGAGGCCUGGGGCGGCUGCUGGGGCUGCCGCCGCCGGCGAUGGCGCGGCUGCUGGCGGCGCAGCCGCGGCUGCUGCGGUGCCGGGCGGAGGACGUGCAGGCGAAGCUGGAGGCGCUGAUCUACGACAUGUACAUGCCGCGGGAGCAGCCGACGCUGCUGCUCUUCGGGCCCGACACGCUGCGCGCCAAGCUCGCCGCGCUGCAGCGGCUGCUGGGUGGCGCGGACUACCAGGUGGCGCUCAUGCUGGUCGCCAAGCAGCCGUCGCUAGUGGGGUUCCAGAUCAGCGUGCUGGAGGCGAAGCACGCCGCGCUCUGCAAGGCGACGGGGCUGGCACCCGCCAAGGCGAGCGCGCUGCUGCUGCGCUUCCCGCUGCUGCUCACGGCGGCGAGCGCGCAGGUGGAGGCGACGUGCGAGCUGCUGCUGCGGGAGCUGGCGUUGUGCGGGGAGCCGGCGCGGGGCGCUCGCAGCGGGAGACGCGUGCCGGCGGGGUCAGCCUCUGGGGAUGGGUGGGCAGCGGUGCUCGGCGGUUAG